AUGCCCAACUCCAGAAUCCUAAGAUCCCCCUCCGGCAUCAAAGACGUUCUCUUAGUCCUCUCCACCAUCUCUAUCCUCUACCUCCUCCUUCACCACCACCACCACCACCACCUCCAACACCCAAUCUUCACCCACCUCCUCCGCAAGCCACCCACCCCCAGUUCCACCCCCACUAGCCCACUCUCUCUCCACCACAUCCUCUUUUCCAUCGCUUCUUCCUCCUCCUCCCUCCCCCGCCGCCUCCCCUACCUCCUCCUCUGGUCCCACCCCAACACCACCCUCACCUAUCUCUUCCUAGACUCCCCCACAACCAAUCACACCCCUUUCCCCACUAUCAUCUCCUCUCCCACCACCCACUUCCCCUACACCUUCCGUCACGGGCUCCGCUCCGCCAUUCGGGUCGCCCGAAUCGUCAAAGAAACUCUAAUUCUCAACCUCACCACCCAAUCACAAAUCAAAUGGUAUGUCUUCGGAGACGACGACACCGUUUUCUUCACAGAUAAUCUGUUGAGAACAUUGUCGAAGUAUGAUCAUAAUGAGUGGUAUUAUAUUGGGAGUAAUUCGGAGAGUUAUGAGCAAAACGAGUUUUAUUCAUUUGAUAUGGCAUUUGGUGGUGGUGGGUUUGCUUUAAGUGCUUCUUUGGCUAGGGUUCUAGCCAGGGUCUUGGAUUCUUGUCUUAUGAGGUACCCUCAUUUGUAUGGGAGUGAUGCUAGGGUUUUCUCUUGCUUGACGGAGCUCGGGGUUGGGUUGACUCAUGAGCCUGGAUUUCAUCAGGUUGAUGUUCGGGGGGAUCUGUUUGGGAUGCUUUCAGCACAUCCAUUAUCCCCUUUGGUGUCACUUCACCACUUAGAUGGUGUGGAGCCAAUCUUUCCUGGCAUGAACAGGACCCAAGCUCUUGGACAUCUUUUCAAAGCUGUCACUGUUGAUCCAGCCAGGAUUUUACAGCAAACUGUCUGCUAUGACCGUUCCAACUCAUUGACCGUUUCUGUUGCAUGGGGUUACACUGUUCAGGUGUUUGAAGGCAACCAACUUCUUCCGGAUCUAAUUUCACUUCAGAGAACUUUUAGGCCGUGGAGAAGAAGUAAGAGUGUUUCAAGCCAUUAUAUGUUCAACACUAGGGACCACCCUAGCGAUCCAUGUAAAAGACCUAUUGUCUUCUUCCUGGAAAGUGUUGUUUCCGAUACAAAUAGGGUCUGGACUGACUACACGAAACACAGUUCUGGUAAUUGCUUAAGAACUACUUCAAUCCAGAGGCUAGAGCGCAUCAGAGUUUCCUCACAGAAGCUAAAUUAUGAUAUUAGACAGGUGAAGGCACCUCAUCGUCAAUGCUGUGACAUUUUGCCGUCUUUUAAUAAAACAAUGUCUCUUGAAUCCACCAUUUCUGAAGGAGGAUUGAACGAGCUCUUAGGUACCUGGGGAUUACUAGGAUGA